GUCUCCAGUUGCAGGAGCAGGAAGUUGAGAAUUGUUUAAUUCAGCCGAUGAAAUGAAACAAACCUUAUGGUUGGAGAGACUGUAGAGAACAAAGAACAAAUUAAUGGAUGUGGAAAUGCCCCUUCCAACUCUGUCGCCUGCUGUCCCUGCCUUUGUGAAGCUGGGGUUGACUGUUGCUUACACUGCCUUUUACUCAUUACUUUUUAUUUUUGUGUAUGUACAGCUCUGGCUUAUUCUGCACUACAAACACAAAAGGUUUAGUUACCAGACGGUAUUCCUCUUCCUUUGCCUGCUCUGGGCAGCUCUCAGAACUAUCCUUUUCUCAUUUUAUUUCAAAGAUUUUAUGCUGGCUAACUCAUUUGGCCCGUUUGUUUUCUGGCUACUUUACUGUUUCCCAGUUUGCCUCCAGUUCUUCACCUUAAGUCUGAUGAAUCUAUACUUCACUCAGGUGAUUUUCAAAGCAAAAUCUAAGUACUACCCAGAUCUUCAAAAAUACAGGUUGCCUCUUCGGCUAACUUUCCUGCUGGCCAGUCUCCUAUUCCUUGUGGUCAACCUGACUUGUGCAUUGCUUGUGAAAAUCACACAUACCGAAACAAGGGCUGUUGUGUUUGUCCGUGUUGCAAUCAACGAUACCCUCUUUGUGUUGUGUGCAAUCUCACUGUCUGUGAGCCUCUACAAGAUUGCUAAAAUGUCUCUGGCCAAUAUAUAUUUAGAAUCUAAGGGGUCAUCUCUCUUUCAGACCAUAGCGGUGGGAGUGGUCAUUAUAUCACUGUACACAUCAAGAGCCUGCUACAACUUUGUUGCGAUUGCACUCACCUCCAAUAACCACAUCAACACAUUUGAUUAUGACUGGUACAACGUGUCAGACCAGGCAGAUCUGCAGAUCCAAUUAGGAGAUAAAGGAUACCUGGUUUUUGGGGUGAUUCUAUUCAUCUGGGAACUGCUGCCCACGACUUUAGUUGUCCUCUUCUUUCGUGUAAGAAGACCCAUCCAAAGUCAGGCUGAGAAUGGCAUGUCACGUGCUCAUGGAUUCACCUCCAGGGCUUUUUUCUUCGAUAAUCCUCGACGCUAUGACAGUGAUGAUGACUUAGCCUGGAAUGUCACCUGUCAUAGUGCACUCAGCAGCACAUCAAGCAUCUCUCAAAUAACCGAUUACUACGGAACCAAGAACCAAAGUUACAAUUAUGAAGAAUUUGCUUCCUUUGCUUCAGAUGCCCAUUUAUCAACAUACGUAGAGAUUCACUCAUGAAACGUUCAUUCACUCAUAAUCUGAAGAACAAUCAUUUUUCAAAAAGCUGAUUAAAGACUAUGUAACUGUUAAAUAUUUCU